AUGAAGUUACGGAUCUUGGGUCUGUUAGUUUGUGUGUGGUCAUUAGUGGUGCUAUCGGCUCCAGCUCGAGCCUUGGAAACCAGUGAUCGAAACAAAGAUGGGAAAAAAGUUGAUGACUAUGCUGAAGACGAAGCGGCUGAUGAAGAUGAUGAAUAUGAAUACGAUGAUGACUACGAAGAUGAAUAUGAAUAUGAAGAUGAGGAUGAAUAUGAAGAUGAGGAUGAAUAUGAAGAUGAGGAUGAAUAUGAAGAUGAGGAAGCACCCGAAGAUUUAGCAAAUGAUAAAGGAGCUGCUGAAGGUGUGGAAGAAUCUGUAGAUACAAAAAAAGAUGAGCACGAAGAAGAAACUGCAAAUGACAACAUAAAAGACAAUAUACCUGAAGAUCAAAAUGACAGCGAUGAAGACGAAAACAAUGAAGAUGAUCCCAAAGCAGACGACAAUGAAGAAAAUUAUGAUAAAGAAAAUGAUGAUGAAGAAUACGAUGAUGAAGAAUACGAUGACGAAGAAUACGAUGAUGAAGAAGACGAUGAAUAUGAGGAAUAUGAAUACGAAGAUGAGGUUAAAACAGCUUCUGCCCCAAAAACAACGAACAAAGUGUCAAGAAAACCAAAAAAGCCAUUGAGAUUAUCCCACAAACCUUUGAAAGCAAAAGUUAAACCUUCAAAAAGAAUUCAUUUGCACAACAAAUUCAAGGCUGCUUUGAAGAACAAAGCUAAGCGAAACUCGAAGAAACAUUGA